UUCGAUAAUAGGGUUCACAUAAAUCACUUUACUCUUCUUUCUAUCCCAAACGUUUUAACAGACGGAGAGAAGCUCCAUUUCUCUCUUCUCUCUCCUCUCUCCUCUCUCCAUUGUCCAAAUCGAGCUGUCUUCACUUCCACUGUCCGAUCGAAGUAGAGAAACUAGAAUCUUCACCAUAAAUGCUUCUUCUUUCUAGUGUUACUUUGCCAAUCUCCUAAUUCUAGUUUAAUUUGAUAACAACAACAUCAAAAGCAGUAAUGGAGAAAGCAUCUUCACAAGAGUGUCCCUAUCCAGGAUGCUUCUUCUGCGUAAUGAAAGAAGGAAACCCAAACAAACGAAGAUCAUGCAUCCUCAAGUUCUUCCGCGACCUCCCUUCCCAAGACGACGACGGCCAAGUCCUCCCCAUCAGCGGCCUCUGGAACACAGCCAUGGCCCACCCGAACGACCCCGAGUUCAUCGACCUCGGGAUCUUCGAGUGCAUGUCCGCCCUCAUCUGGAAAGGCCUCAAAAACCGCCGCUGGCUAUCCCACGACCAGAACAUCUACAUCCCUUACUACGCGGCCCACAUCAUCGGCUCCUACACCAUGAACAUGGAGGAGUUCGCUGAGCGGGCCGUGGAGGCGGGAGUGAUCCCGCCUCUGGUCGAGCUCCUCAGAGGUAGGCUCACCUGGGUGGAGCAGAGAGUGGCGGUCCGCGCUCUAGGGCAUUUAGCUACUUACCCGAGCACGUUCUCCUCCGUGGCUAGCCACGGAGAGAUACUCGAGUUGGCUAUACAGCUGGGGAUGAGCUCGCUGGAGAUUGUUUACUCUCAUUUUUAUCAGUACCCGGAUAGGAGGUUGAGUUACCAUUGCGAUCUGCUGACACGUGGCAUGGGAGGGGUAGAGAUGGAGUCGAGAAAGGCCGAGGAGUGGGCUUCACAGCUGCAGUGUUGGUCUCUUCAGCUCAUCAACUGUUUCGCGUUUAAAUCUGAGUUUCUUCCCGCUUUGUGCAAGCCUGAGUUUCUCGUGAGUCUUCCCGUUAUGUGGGGAGGUCUCGUGAACGAGAACUCCCCAGCUGGGAUUGGUCUCCUUAGGACGAUCUGUCAGCAUAAGCUAGGACGCGGACCUGUCUCCUCCUGUUCUGGAAUGAUGGAGGCCUUGUGUAACAUCGCUCGCUCUUCUGAUGAUUGGCAGUACAUGGCGAUCGAGUGUCUCCUCUGGCUGCUCCAAGAUCCGAACACUUCUCACAAAGUGGUUGAUAAAGCCGUGCCGACGCUUGUGGAUUUAGCAGAGAUCACAAGCUUGGGGGACCACAAGAAGCUAGGAGACUCCAUUGUCAGCGUUCUUCAGGAAUGCGACUCCGUGGGGAGCCGCUCGAGGGAGUUGAUAGAAGAGACGGUUAACGCGAGGCAGAGACUCAAGUGGGAGAAGAGUAUGCCUAAGGAGGAUCUCCACAUCAAACAAGCGGCGGCUCUGGUGGUCAAACUCGAAGGGAACUCUCUCUUUUCGUCGGGAGACAUCGCAGGAGCAGCGGAGAAGUACUCUGAAGCGUUGUCUUUAUGUCCGAUGAGGUCGAAGAAGGAGAGAGUUGUGUUAUACAGCAACCGAGCGCAGUGUCAUCUCCUGCUUCAACAGCCUCUGGUUGCUAUAAGCGACGCCACGCGCGCGCUUUCCUUGCACAACCCUGUGAACAGGCAUGCCAAGAGUCUUUGGAGGAGAGCUCAGGCUUACGAUAUGUUGGGAUUAGCUAAAGAGAGUUUGUUAGACGCGAUUCUGUUUAUUAAUGAGUGCUCUCAGUCGAAUGAUCCGGAUCUGUCCAUGAGGCAGAACAAGGUUCCUGAUUACGCGGAGAGGCUGGUGAAGAAGCAGAUGAGGGCGGCUUGGUUGUUUAAAGAGGCGGCGUUGAAGCAUGGAGGUGUGCAUAGGAAAGGGGAAGAGAGGGAAGUGUAUGGGAAUGAAAGCGAUGAUUCGGAGUGGGAAACUGCGAGUGAGAGCGAUAUUGGAGAUGAUGGAAGGGAUCAUAUGGGACUUGAUGAGGAGGAGGAGGAAGAAGAAGUUGAAGGCCAUGGAGAGAAGUGGAAGAACCGGGAGAAAUCUAGUGAUAAAACUGAGAAAACUUCUUCAAAAGGUAUGAGACAUGGAUACAGCAUAAAGCUAGCAGAAGAGGAUAUGUGAAGAAGACCAAUGAAACAAUGGAUACACCCAGGUCUUUGAGAGAAGUUGAGAAGAAAAAAUUUGUUUUGUUUUUCCAGUGAUUUUAUUUAUUUUUGUUUUGGUGUGUAUGUAGCUAAGAAUUAUUCAAGAGGAUGUGAGUUUCAAUUUGUAUAAAUUACAUUCUCUCGUCUUAAGAAAUGAUUUUUAUGUUUUUCUAAAAAAGAAAUUGGAAGAUUGUGGACUUCA